UGUAACCACACGGUGGAGCAAAGACUAAACCAAAACCAAAAAGUUGUUUUAUUUUAUUUUUAAAUCUUCCACCCCCCCCCUCCUCCUCCUCCCUUUGAACUGAACAAAGUUUCCCCCAACAAACAAACUUUUUUUAUAGCCCCACAUUUCUGUUUUGACAUUUCUUGCAGCAACACGUGCAUAUUGUUUUUUUACACACACACACAUAAAAAAAAAAAGAAAUGCCAAGGACAUAUUAGCUGCCACCCAGCGUGCCACCGCCGUCACACACCGGACCGCGAUGAUCGUGUCCAACGUGAGCCUGAGCGGCUGCGCGGCGGUCAGCGGCGCUCUGUGCGCAGCGGCAGCCGGAGAAGGGCUCCAUCAGGGGGGGGCAGCAGGAGGCUCGUACCGGAACACCCUCAGCCCGACGGGGAACCUGGUGGUGGCCGUGUGUCUGGGCUUCAUCGGCACUCUGGGACUUAUGAACAACCUGCUGGUGCUGGUGCUCUUCUGCCGCUACAAGAUGCUGCGGUCGCCCAUCAACCUGCUGCUGAUUAACAUUUCCAUCAGCGACCUGCUGGUGUGCGUACUGGGCACUCCGUUCAGCUUCGCAGCCAGCACGCAGGGACGCUGGCUCAUCGGAGAGGGAGGAUGCGUCUGGUACGGAUUCGCCAACUCCCUAUUUGGCAUCGUCUCACUGAUCUCCCUGGCUGUCCUCUCCUAUGAGCGCUACAGCACCAUGGUGGCGCCCACCGAGGCGGACUCCUCCAACUACCGGAAGAUCUGCCUGGGCAUCGCCCUGUCCUGGGUCUACUCCCUCAUCUGGACCGUGCCUCCGCUCUUUGGCUGGAGCAGCUAUGGUCCCGAGGGUCCCGGGACCACCUGCUCCGUCGACUGGACGGCCAGGACGGCGAACAGCAUAUCGUACAUCAUCUGCCUGUUUGUGUUCUGCCUCAUCGUGCCGUUCCUGGUGAUCGUGUACUGCUACGGGAAGCUGCUGUGCGCCAUCAGACAGGUGAGCGGUAUCAAUAUAUCGACGAGCAGGAAGCGUGAGCAGCGCGUGUUAUUCAUGGUGGUGAUCAUGGUGAUCUGCUACCUCUUGUGCUGGCUGCCGUACGGCAUCAUGGCCCUGCUGGCCACCUUCGGGCCGCCGGGCCUGGUCACGCCCGUGGUCAGCAUCGUCCCCUCGGUCCUGGCCAAGACGAGCACGGUCAUCAACCCAGUCAUCUAUGUCUUCAUGAAUAAACAGUUUUACAGAUGUUUCCAAGCCCUGCUGCAUUGUGAGGCUCCUCAUCGAGGCUCCAGCAUAAGGAGCUCCUCCAAGGUCGCCACCAAGGCCGUGAGGGGUGUAGCAGUCACCGGUCCCCGCCGCACCAACAACCUUCUAUUUAUGGUGGCAUCCCUGGGUCAACCGGUCUCCACCAUGCCCCAACUGGGCCCCUCGGUGGAACCAACCAUUGAUGUCACCAGAGGCCCCUCUUCAGACAACAACAAACCUGUAGUAUCACUAGUGGCCCACUUUAACGGCUGAUGAUUGGCUAUAACCAUGAAAUCCCCAAAGUCCCCAGCCAGGAAGUCAUUAAUAAUGAUGGUGUUACUGAGGCUUGGAGAGGAGCAGCCUGCCAAAGUCCAGGUGGAUUUAACGCGAAUGUUGCAUCAGUAGACAUGAUGGACUGGUAACAAAGGCAAAUCUUGGACUGCCUCUGGACAAUAUAAAUCUGCUGAAGCUGGGAGUCUGCGUUUCUCUGCAGAGAAAAAAAACGAUAUAUCUGUCUUGCUAGGAAUGGGCAUUUAAAUUACGUUCUCAUCCCGAUUUUUGGAGAAAGCGUUGUCAAGACUGUUAUGGCAACAGAAGAGGGAUUGUAGGGCUCAUUUAUUUUGUGCAAUAUCUAAUGUUUGGUAAAAGCAUUCCCUUUGGCAUAACAGAAAUGUGUUCAGGGUGUAGGAUGAGGGAUAAGAUGUAUUUUUGUACCGACUGUGGUUAUAAAACGGAGGUUGAAGAACACAAGUUGUUUAUUACCCCAAGCAUUUUGAAGUCUUUUCUAGAGUUGACAAGAUUAAAAAGAUAAGAGACUAGAAUAAUGGGAAUGUACUGGUAAUGAUUUUAAAGUAUCACUCUUUUUAGCUUUUAAUCCUUGCCAUUCAUUUUCAUUUAAUUCAUCACUCUUCACCUUAAAAUGCAUAAAUAGUUUUGAAUUAAGUGGUUUAAUAAGUGGUCUGUUCGAAGUAACAUUGCUAGCAUGCUAGCGGCAUUCAAGUUUUGUCAGGAAUAGUGAUUUAGGAAUAGAUAAAUAAUUGCAUGUUGGAGAGUUACUGUGUAGUUCCUUCAAUAACGACGUGCAUGUGCACUGUUGCAAUGUCAUAUGCAAAUGAGGUUGGAGAAAUACAGUGUCUGGUAAAGUUCAGAGGAUAGCACUGAUACAGAUUCUUGGUAUCGGCAGAAAUCCUGAAAAAGUAUGCCUCUCUGGACUGAGACAUUUCCACUUAAAGCUGUGAAAUCUGUUUUUUUAGCUGUGCUGGAUUUGGUCAAAUCCAAAGUGCAGGGUGUACCAUUUGUUAAAAAACUGAUGUCACAGGCCCUUUAAUGUGUGAGGGAUCUUUAAACAUCCUUAACAAUGAUUAGCAGUUCAGUGCCUUGCUCAUGAGCACAUAUAUAGUCAGCAGUGCAUGUGGACAGCAGCCAUCAGCUUCUUCUCAGAAAUUCCAAAGCCAACUAUUUGCUUCCACAGAAGUCAGUCUACUGUGUUUAACAGACUUUGAAUAAUUGGUAUUAUUAAAAGAAACAGAAAUUAUUUUCCAGCAUUUCACGGAACAUAACAAGAGGACUUUACUCAAGGCAACAAAUGUAUUUUAGAUGGAAUAAGUUUGUUCUGUAUAUAUUGUUUGCAAUGUGCUUGUCUGCAUCUUGUUAAAUUUUUUGAUAACUGAUUUGACACUUUUUCCUUCUUGCAAUUAGGGAUGCACCGAUACCGAUAUCAGGUCGAUACUGACUCAAAUAGCUGGACCGGCAAUCUGUGACAAUGGGGCCGAUCUAUUCAAUUUAAUUCUAUGUUUAUAUACAUUAUAUAAUGGAAUUUCAAUUAUAGUUAAAUGUUCCAGCAAUUGGUGCACAAUUUAUUGUUUUAAUAAUAAAUAAGCAUUCAGUAAAUUAAUUAAAAUUUUUUAAAUUAAAAUUUAGUAUUUUCAAUUUUUUUUUAAUUUAGUAUUUAUGUAUUUAUUUGUUACAUUCUGUUAUAAAGUUAGGAAAGCAAUGUUUAACUCAAGCCUGAUGUUUCCUUACACAUAAUACAAUGAUCCCAGGGGGCUGCCGUGGUGAAGGAAUUUCCCCUGUGGUGAUAACGAUUGGCUCAACAGCACAAUAUACAAUAUUAUUGCCAUUUUUUUCAUUUUUGCAAAUUACACAAUUUAUCCUGAUUUUAGUGCACUAUAAAUCAACUUUAUUGUUGCUUUUUAAAUGACAAAGAUUACAGUUUUUAAAACAAAUUAAAUACCUGUUUAUUGUUAAAUGCAGAACACAGUAUGGCAAAGUUGCAGAAUAGACGCUCUGCGCCUUGUCACGCUGCUGCCGUUUGUAGCAUGGUGUAAAUAUGCGGCGCUCCCAUUGCACAGAAGUCAAAAGAGUUUGAUGUGAACACAGCGAUUGUGGCGGUUGCUUAGCAUCCCCUGCAGUUGGCUUGUCAAUAGCGCGAUAUUGCAAUAUUGCGGUUAAUGCAACAGCCCUAGAUCCCAGUCACUUCCACACAGCUUAUAAAUUAAACACUGGUAUUGGAUCGGUACUCGGUAUCGGCCGAUUCCCAAAUCCCAGGUAUCAGUAUCGGUAUUGGGACUGAAAAGUCGGAUCAGUGCAUCCAUACCUGCAAUACAAAGAUAACUGGAGUUUCUCAAAGCAGUGCAUCGAUGCUGUGUCGUCAGUGAAUGUCUAAUCUACUGUAUAAGUGGUGUGAUACUUUUUGCUACUGCAUACGAUUACAGUGUGUGAUUUUUUUGUAAUUCACUUUUAGCCACUAACUGUUUUCUAUGUGCUGUCGAUAUCUUGUAUACAUUAAUGUACAUGAGUUGAUACCAAAGGUAAAGAAAUUUGAAUAUUUUUUGAGGGGAGCUGUUCAUUAAAGGUUUUCUAUCUAAAUCCA